UCGUCCAUGGUACCUCGGCCUACAACACCAGAAGAUGGUGCUUACACCCAGAAAGCUCUGUCCUUCCUCAAUGUGUUGUCCUCUGUGCCCCAGAUCAGAGAUGACUCAGAUGAAGAGAUGCGCAAGAUGAAUGCACAUAACGAGCUCCUGGAGGAGCAGGUCGCUUGGUUAAGAACACAACUGGAGGAGACCUACAUAAAGCACUUCAUAGAAAAGGAGAGCGCAGCAAAACGCGAAGUCAUCUUCCAACAACAGCUUUUGUCCCUUGUCCAGCAGUCGCAGCUGUCCACAGUGCAUGCAGAGCUGUUCAAAAUCUCGCUGCCGCUUGUCUUCACUGUCAUCAAUGGGGACGAACUAUUAUUCUCCCACUUGAGCCAUGGCUUCGAUGGCGGUGUUCAUACAGCUACUGUUUUGACGCAAAAUAUUGUAGCCUAUCUUCAGAUCAACGACUUGGCAACAUAUCACGGCUCAGUUUCUCACUUUAUGACGGUCUUCUAUAAUCGGCGGCGACUCAUAGGGCAACUGAGAGCAAGGGGUAUUUGCACCAUCCAACAAUUCAACCAGUUCUUAACGGGAUUUAGCAUCUCACAUGAAGGCUAUUCCUUUGUCGAUGUCAGCGGACUCGAUCAAACAGAAGCUAAGAUAAAUGCAUACAUCAACACAUUUAUUCAGCUCCCCCAAACUGUUCGCGUUUUCUUUGCCGGCCGUCGCAACGGCCCUCUGUACUGCUCGUUUUUGAAAACAUUCAGCAGGGCAAGAAUUCUUGGCAAGUUUGUGAUGAUAGGACAAUAUCCACAGUUUAAUACGGUGCCGGAGGUGGCCCUGCUCGUGGUUGACAACGUGUUUGGGGGGUCGAGAGCAAGUCCUAUCAGAUUAUGUCGGAAAACUGAGAAAUAG